GCAGCUAGGCAAAUGAAUGGAUCUCUUGCUGUUUUUUGCCAGAAACCGGUUUAGAAUUCGACGAAAUCAUAUAUUGGAAGAUGCUUUCAGUCAGAUGAGUGCAUUGUCUGAAGUUGAUCUUCGAGGAUCGAUACGUGUGUCUUUUGUUAAUGAAUUUGGAGUUGAGGAGGCAGGAAUUGAUGGUGGUGGUAUUUUUAAAGAUGUCAUGGAGAACAUUACACAGGCAGCCUUUGACGUGCAGUAUGGUUUAUUUAAGCAAAUUGCUGACCAUUUGCUCUACCCCAAUCCUGGUUCGGGAAUGAUACAUGAGCAACAUCUCCAGUUUUUCCAUUUCCUCGAAGUUCUUUUGGCAAAGGUCAUGUUUGAAAGCUACUCUAUACUGGAAUAA